CGCACCCUCGUUUUAUCCUCACUUCCCGAGUUCCCCGCAGGGCCACCAAAGUUUUCCCCCGUCCCCUCUCGGACCGCUCCCAUGGUGCCCGCGGCAGCGUUCUCCUCCCUCUACCCGCUCCCUUCCCUCAUCUCUAAACCUACCGUCCGCCUCCGGACCCUCCGUCGGAUACCCUUCAUCCGGGCCGCCUCCUCCUCUCCGAUAGAGUUCAACAUCUCCUUCGGCGCCGCCGCCCCCAAGGAAGAGUCCGCGGCCGCGGCCCCCAAAACCAGUCUGGUUCCCGACCGCUCCCCGCAGGAGCCCUCCGCCCCGCCUCUUCCCCUCCUCAUCCCAUGGAUCGUCCGCGACGAGAACGGCAACCUCACCCUCCAGUCCUCCCCUCCCGCCAGCUUCCUCCACGCCAUGGCCGAAGCCAAGACCGCCAAGAAGGACAAAAAGAAGAAAAAUAAUAAUAAGCCUUCGACAACGUCCGCUACUUCUUCGAAUGGCUCGGCACCGAAGUAUUCCAAGGCUGCCAGGAGGUUCUACAAUGAGAAAAUUAGGGAGCCACAGCGGCUUAGUAAAGUUUUGGCCGCUGCUGGAGUUGCUUCCAGGCGGAGUUGUGAGGAGCUUAUCUUUGAAGGGAAAGUAACUGUUAAUGGGUCUGUGUGCACUUCCCCACAGACUCGGGUUGAUGUUCUCAAGGAUUCAAUCUAUGUUAAUGGUAACCGUCUUUCUAAGAAGCUGCCUCCAAAAUUAUAUUUUGCCCUUAACAAGCCAAAAGGGUAUAUUUGCUCAAACGGCGAGGAACCAAAAUCAGUUGUCUCCUUAUUUGAUGACUAUUUCAGGAGUUGGAACAAAACAAAUCCAGGAAUACCAAAGCCACGAUUAUUUACUGUGGGCCGCCUUGAUGUUGCAACAACUGGCUUGAUUAUUCUUACGAAUGAUGGUGAUUUUGCUCAAAGACUUUCUCAUCCCUCAUCUGAAUUGGCGAAAGAAUAUAUAGCAACUAUAGAGGGGAGAGUUCAUAAACGACAUCUCUUUGCCAUUAGUGAAGGCACCCAAAUUGAAGGAGUCCACUGCAUACCUGAUUUUGUAGAGUUAUUGCCAGCACAACCCAAUGCAUCAAGGCCUAGAAUCCGAGUUGUGGUUCAUGAAGGAAGAAAUCAUGAAGUACGCGAACUUAUAAAGAAUGCAGGACUACAGCUUCAUUCGCUGAAGCGUGUACGUGUAGGCGGAUUCAAGCUACCAUCGGAUCUUGGGCUCGGCAAGUAUGUCGAACUUGAACAAGCUGACAUCAGGUUGUUGGAAGGGAAUGCUCAAAAGAGUACUUGAGUAAUACGUCAUUGGGUCAGAUUCCAUACCAAGCUGGAACAUUUCAUCAGAACAAGAGUGACCCAGCAUUUCAUAUCCACUAGUUGUUGUUCAUCAAAAUUCCAGGCAUCAUUAGAUAAAUCCUCUAUACGUCCCAUGAAAUGUGGAAUCAUUUUAUCUUGCUUCUGAAAUCUGCACUUCUUUGAAGCUCAUGAAGAUGAGGAUUAUUAACUAAUGGACUACCGAUCAUGAAGCUUCCUCAGUGCAGGGCGUCAUCUGCACUGCCAUGCAAAGUAGAAUCAUAGCUGUUCGGUGAUAUAGUUGAAAUAUUAAGGCGUACUUUGGUUUGGCUCAAGUCCUAGUACUUCUCAUACCCUUUUUCAUGUGAAGAGAAGGUUUCCAGGUUUCAUGCUUGAGUUUGGUCAACUACAGGAAGAUGAGAAAUGAGGUUAGAGAGGGAAACAGCUCCAGUUGCAGAUAUCAUCAUUUCCACAGAUGAAACCAAUUUAAAAGAGAAAAUUGGUCUUUAAUUAGUCAGUGCGCACAACUAUUGUAAUGAGCUGUGCUAUUGCACCAAGGAGAGAGGGGAAAAAAAAGAGUAUGUACUAUGUUCAGUGUGGGCAGAUUAUGAAGCAAAUUUAUGUUCAUUUCUUUCUAUAUAUUAAUACGUUUAUGUUCAUUUCUUUCUAUA